AUGCGUCUCACUCCCGAGUUCAUGUCCAAAACGCAAUCCCAUCUCAAUCCUCUGAAGGAGCGAGAGCUGGAGCUGCGAGGUGAGUUGUGUGCGUGGUUCCUUCCUCAAAUUGACGCAACAGGACUCGCCAUCCCUGUCAUUGAGAAUCUGGGAUCUCACCAGGGAACGUACGACACGCUGAAUCUGACGGACAACUCGAUCACGGUGCUUGGCAACAUCCCGCAGUCUAACGCCCAGCUCCCGAAUCUCGUCACCCUCACUCUGACGGACAACGCGAUCUCGUCCCUGUCAACAUUGCUGCCGCUGGCCGACCUCCCGUUCCUGCGAUAUCUCUCACUACGGGGGAACCCAGUGACGCAGCACGAGCACUACAAGGACUUCACGGUGUGGAAGGUGGCCGGGGGAAAGCUGCACGUGCUGGACUUUGAGCGGAUCAAGGACGCAGACCGGACACGGGCGCGACAGCUCCUGACGAACGAGGACGGGCAGCCGAACGAGCUCGCGACCAAGCUCAGCAUCCCGACAACGUCGGGCAUCCCCGGAGCCACGAUGGCAAAGGCGGCCAAGCAGGGAGGCAAGGCCGGUCUCAAGGGCCGCCUCAUGACGCCGGAGGAGAAGAGGAGGGUCGUCGAGGCGCUCAUCGGCGCCAACACCGCCGAGGAGGUCCGCAAGCUCGAGCGCAUGCUCGCCGACGGACUCAUCCCGGAGGGCGGCGACGCUGUCAUCGAGGCGAGCGCGUAA